GUCUUAUGUCCCCGCCCGGCCGCCGUCGGCCCGGCCGGCAGCAGCAUGGCGGGGGUCUCCCCGCCCGGCCCCGGUCCGCACGGCCCCGGCGGUCGGCGUCGGCUGCGGGAAGACGGCGUGAGGACGCACACCUCCGCCGAGCAGAGCAAAGUGGAAGACAUUGUGCAGGAAGUGUUCGAUGCCUACAAGACGAACCACCAUGCCGUGCAGUUCGUCCUGCAGAGGGAGAAGCACUUCCACUACCUGAAGAGAGGCCUCCGGCAGCUGGGUGAAGCAUAUGAGUGUCUGGAUGCCAGCCGCCCCUGGCUCUGCUACUGGAUCCUGCACAGCCUGGAGCUGCUGGAGGAGCCCAUUCCCCAGUCGAUCGCCUCUGAUGUCUGCCAGUUCCUGAGCUGCUGCCAGAGUCCCCAGGGUGGCUUUGGGGGGGGCCCAGGCCAGCACCCCCACCUUGCCCCCACUUAUGCCGCUGUCAACGCGCUCUGCAUCAUUGGCACAGAAGAAGCAUAUAGCAUCAUCGAUAGGCAGAAGUUGCUGGAGUACCUCUACACACUAAAGCAGCCCGAUGGCUCCUUCCUUAUGCAUGUAGGUGGUGAGGUGGAUGUCAGGAGUGCCUACUGUGCUGCUGCAGUGGCAUCGCUGACCAAUGUCCUCACACCCGCGCUGUUCACUGGGACAGCUGAGUGGAUAGCAAGGUGCCAGAACUGGGAAGGCGGUAUCGGCGGGGUGCCAGGCAUGGAGGCUCAUGGUGGGUACACCUUCUGUGGGCUGGCAGCGCUGGUCAUCCUGAAGAAGGAGCACCUGCUGAACCUGCGCAGCCUGCUGCACUGGGUGACUGGGCGGCAGAUGCACUUCGAGGGUGGCUUCCAGGGCCGCUGCAACAAGCUUGUGGAUGGCUGCUACUCCUUCUGGCAGGCAGGGCUGCUGCCCCUGCUGCACCGUGCCCUUCACACACAGGGUGACGACGCACUCAGCAUGUCACGCUGGAUGUUCGACCAGUCGGCGCUGCAGGAGUACAUCCUGCUGUGCUGCCAGUGCCCAGCUGGAGGGCUCCUGGACAAGCCAGGAAAGUCACGGGACUUCUACCACACCUGCUACUGCCUGAGCGGGUUGGCCAUUGCCCAGCACUUCGGCAGUGGAGAUCUGCACCACGAGUUGGUCCUGGGCAUCCCUGAAAACCGCCUGCAGCCCACGCAUCCGAUCUACAACAUUGUGCCGGAAAAAGUGGUGAAGGCAGUGAUGCACUUCUUGCAGCAGCCCAUACCCAGCCUGGAGGCAACAGGGUAGGGGUCUGUGCUCCACCCAUCUGGGCAGAGUGAGGCCCUCAGGGUGCUAGCCAUACCAAAAAGGAGCCAGGGGGCCAUAAAGCAGAGCUGCCACCUGCCCUCAGGGUGAGUAAGGAGCAUGGGAGGGUUCCCAGCCCUGCUCCCCCCUCCCCGACCCCAAGAAAACACAGUUACCAUGGGGAAGGAUAAAAUAAGUUUUGGGUUUUUUUCCUUUUUAUUAUUUAUAAGUCUUAUAGUAAAGGGAAGCCUUAACUUGCAA